CUUCCCCUACCCAGUUCUCAAGUUUAGCCAAUCAGCUUCCGGUGUGCAGACGCUUCCUACUUCUGGCUGCAACAGAAAGUUACAUAUUUACAGAACUUUUUAUUUUUCCUGUUUCCUGGUUAAAACGUGACCUUAUAUAGACGCACUGUUAUCAUUUGUGUUUUAAGUGUAGUAUUACUUGCACUGACAGAGCCAGAAGAGCUUCUGAUUUAAUGAUGAAAGUAUAUCACUUGUUAUGACAGGAGUUUCCUCUAUCUGCAAAAAUUUUUGCAGGAUAUAAAUUAAUUCAUUGUGUUAGCAUAUAGUGGUACCUACCAAUGCCGCAAUGUCUGUUUUGACACCAGUGCAGAUUAAAGAGGCAAAUGCCCACCUGGCUGCACUUCACAACAGAGUUGCAGAGCUGGAAAGCACAGUGAGGGAGCAAGCAGAGAGCCUAAUCCGAAAAGAUGAACAGUAUCGAGCAGCUGUCAGAGAAAUCGCAGACAGCAAAGAUAGGGAAAUCUUUGAGCUCCAGAAGAGACUGGUACAAUCUGAGGAAACGGCACAAAGAUUGAUUGCCUCCAUGAAGGAAAAAGACAUUGAGCUUGAUCGACUUAGACACCACAGCCAUCUCUUGGCUCAGAUGUGUCAUAGUAGGCCAGUCUUAGAUGCCCUGGUUUCUCUGAUGGUGGAGGCUGAGGGAGUUACUUCUCUUCCUAUAUCUGAAGGAUGUAAUGGUCUGUCAAAAGUCCCUGACUACCCACAAAGUGAAGAUGAUCUUGACUCAGAUAUAGAAAAAACUCUCUUUGGAACAACAGUUUGAUGUAUUUAGUCUAUAUUUAUACUAGUCGCAACACUUGGUGCUGGAAUGGACAGUUUCUUCCUAAUCACAAAUCCUGUUUAAGAAUCCUAAAUGGAAGUUGAUCUUGUUCGGUACAUUUAUUACAACAAAAUAAUGUAUGUGCUAUGAUUUUUUUCCCAUUUCUUCUUUAAUGUAUAUUUGAUAUCUAUAUUAAGAAGGUGGAGUUUACAUUCUAUGUUUGUAUUCUAUAUGCCUUUCUUUUAUAACUAUCUUGAGCACUUUUUUUUAUUCUUCUUCUCAGGGAUUUAACAUAUCAUAUCCCAUUCAGAUGCUUCAUUAAUCGCACCUUAUAAAAAGGAAAAUGACUAUAAGUUUAUGAGUUGUCAAGGCCUUCAUUUACAAUACAGGGCUCCAUCACCUAAAAUAAAAGUCACUUCUAUCAGUGAAGUAACAAGAUGUUACUGGACCCACCCACACAGCAAAUUAUUGCACACAGAUUCGGUCAUCAACCUGUAUUACCAAUAUAUAUUGAAAAUUCCUUAUAAAAUAGGACCCAGUCCCACAGGGGAUCCAUUGCAAUUACUUUUUUCCCUCAUAAAUGGCAUAACUAGAAGUUCAACGUUCCUACAGAAAAAUUUUUAAAAUUUUAGACAGAAUUUUCCCUUUUUGAGGUUAUUUAGAAAGUGAGAAAACCUUAUGCAAGAUGAAUAGCUUUAAUUCACAAAAACAUUUUUAACCUGAAUGUUAAUUUUUACCUUCAUUCUGGUAGUUGUGUAUCCAAUAGUGUUCUACCAUGCAGUAACUGGUAAUGUUAAAAAACAUAUUAAAACGGUCAGAAGCAACAGGGAUAAUAGAUGUGACCAGUGUAACUGUACAUAUUUUAAUGCAAUUUUGUAUUGGUCAAAAGAUAUAUAAAAUGCUUAACUGUACACUACAUAAUCACCUUUUUUGUAUGUAUUUAAACCAUAAACUUGUAACAGUGGAUUUUAACAGUUAAUGAAGGGAGCUUAUUUUGUUUGAACACUGGUUAGGUGGAACUGUCCUACCUGUAAAAAUCCACCCAUGUUGUAGUGUGCAUUGGUUCAAAAGGUACUACCUCAACCAAAUUUUUUUCCUGCUGGAAACAAGUCUUGUUCCUUUCUUUAUCGGUGUUCUGGUAAUUUAAUUUUCUACCCUGCAAGGACCAAGUGUGUAGUAGCUCCCUGUUUAGCUCAAAAAAAAAAAAAACACAAAUUCUGUGCUUAAACAGGCAGCAUAAAAAGCCUGGGUAAGCCUAGUGAGCAUGUGCGAGUUUGCAAAAAGGAAAAAUGCUAAGUUGUGGGACAUCAUCAAUAAAAUAUUUAUCUAAAAACAUUUAACACAAAAACUAUAAUUAUUAAAUAUCCACUUCCUUUAGUACUUGCUAAAGUUGAGCAUCAAGGUGUUUCAUCAUUUGCCUUGUGACAUUAUAUAGGUCACUAAAAAAGAGACCUGAAAAGAGGAUAGAUUUCAUUACUGUUACCCAUAAUGCAAAUACAUCUUGUAAUUAAAUAUCUUAAGGUAAAUAUUAUUUAUUGCAUGUUUCUUUGGUGUGGGGGGCAUAUUUUGGGAUGAGUUGCACAUGUAUUGUUCGUAAUUAUAUUUUAAAGGACAAGGAAAGUCUAAAUGUUAUCAGUCUAAUUGGGUUAUAUAAUAAAAGGCACUAAGUUUGUGCAGUAGCAGUAACCCAUAGCAACCAAUCAUCAUUUACUGGUCACCUGUUUAAAAGCAAAACUCCUAUUGGUUGCUAUUGCUUACUUCUCCUGGACAAACUUUGUGCCUUUUAUUACAUAUGAGGUUAAAAGCUACUAAAAUUUAGCAAAUACCUUGCUCUUGAUUGCACAGAUUACUCAAAUUUGUUAUCAUUGCCAAAAAUGUCUGGGUCCAUUUAUAUGGCUCAAGCCAUUUCUGCUUCUGGCUGUAUCUAGAUGGCAUGUAAAGAUGCUCAGUUUGUUUUAUGUUUUGGGAAGGGUUACCUAAAGACGUGCAUUUUACAUACAAUGCAGGAAGAUUCUACAGGCAGGACUAAGCACUAAGGACUAUGGGAAUGAAACAUUUUCGUAAGAAAUUUAGAAGGAAGACUUUGCUUGUCCUUUAAAAUAAUAUCAGAUGAAAACUUUAUAUAUUUUGUAAUUACCUUAAUAAAGAGCAAUUUGGGAAAGUUGUUUGGCAUUAAACAUCUUUAUAUAUAAUUGUGACAUUACAAAUAGAGAUACUUGGGCAUACUUUUUAAAAUAUGUGUUUUUAUAUGUUAAGCUGAAAUAAAAAUGCAAAGAAAUGAGCAAUAUUUUCACUUGUACAUUAAGAACACAUUUAAAGCGGACCUGUCACCUUAAGAAAUAAUUUCAUAUUGUUUUCUAUUGUGUUUGGCAAGCAAAAUAAACUUUACUUACACUAU